AUGGAUGAAGAUUGUUUAGGCGGGAAGAAGAAAGAAGAAGGAGAAGGAGAAGAUGCUCACAGCCAAGAAAUUAUUGACAUUACCAAGUUGAUAUUUUCAUGGUCUCUUGAUGACAUACUUAAUCAAGAUUUUUAUAGCCACCAGGUAAAAGAGAUACCUCUUACUUUUCAAUCUGUGGAACAUUAUUUUUGCUCUUUUGUCUAUCCUUUGCUAGAGGAAACACGAGCCGAGUUGGCUUCUUCUAUGAAAAUUAUGCAUAGAGCCCCGUUUGCAGAGAUACGUUCGUGGGAGGACGAAGGUGAAAUGCUGUAUGAUGUUACUUUUGGUAGUUGGAGAAGCAGAUCUACUGAACAUGGUAAAAAGGAACCAUACAGGACAUUACCUGGUGACUUAUUUAUUUUUACGGAUGGAAGACCCAAAUCUGUUUCUGAUUUGCAACGUGUGGGAAGAAAAUGGGCUUUUGCUCUAGCUCAUAAAAAUGUGGAUGGUAAAAAUGCUGAUGGUACCAUGUUAAAACAUUUUAAGGUUACAACAUCACAAAACAUUAAGUAUCAAAAAGGUAUGUUUGUUGUUUUCUUGAUGAAUAUUACAAGCCAGACAAGAACCUGGAAUUCGUUGCACGAACAUGGAAAUAUGAAUAUCAUUCAGUCGGUUAUUGCUACUGAUUCUGUGGUUAAAGAGAACUGUGUUAUAUGUUCUAUCGGUCCUAGUGAACCUUUGUCUUGCAAUAUUGGUCGAGAACACUUGCUUAAGCUUAAUGAAUCGCAAACAGCAGCAGUCAUAGCUUCAAUAAACAAAACUGAAUGUAGGCACAAUUAUUCUGUAGAACAGAUAUGGGGACCCCCUGGCACAGGGAAAACGACGACAGUAAGUGUGAUGUUAUUUCUCUUUUUACAAAGGAAUCACAGAGUGCUUACUUGCGCUCCCACGAAUGUUGCUAUAGUACAACUAGCCUCUCGUGUGAUAAACUUGUUUAGAGAAUCAUUUCAAACUAGAACUGCAAGUGGUGAUUCUUUUUGUCCAGUUGGGGAUGUGCUUAUGUUUGGCAACAUGGAGAGGUCUAAGGUUGACUUAGGCAUUGGAGACAUUUUUCUAGAGAAUCGGGUUAGCAAGCUUAUCGAGUGUCUUGGGACAGGUACAGGGUGGAAGCAUUGCAUAACGUCUAUGAUUGAUUUACUUGAAGAUUGUCUAUCUCAAUACCAAGAGAAUCUUGAAAAUGUAUUCUUCUCAGAACAACAAGUUACAAGUGAAAAGAAAAAGAAGAAGAAAACCAAUAUGGUGAAAGUCAAAUCGUUCAUUGAAUUCCUGCGUGAUGGAUUCAAAUCUACCGCUCCUCCACUCAUAAGGUGCAUCAUUACAUUCUGCACUCAUAUUCCGAGGAGUUUCAUGAAGGAAGAUAAUUUUCAAAGUAUGGUCUCUCUUUUGAACAUCUUAGGUUCUUUUGAAUCGGUAUUGUUUCAAGAGAAUUUGGUUUCCGAAGAAGAUGAUGAUGAUGCUAAGUUUGGUGGCAUGUCUACCAUUAGUCUUCUCAUAUUGAUUUCUUGUUAUGUACUGAAAGAUCUGCAGACAUCUCUGGACAAACUUGGUCUUCCAAGUAUUUUGGAGCAAUAUGUGAUUAAGGAUUUUUGUUUACGAAAAGCUUCUCUAAUAUUCUGUACUACUUCAAAUUCCUACAAGUUGGGGUGUACCACUAUAACGGCGCCUCUGAACCUGUUGGUCAUAGACGAAGCUGCCCAGUUGAAAGAGGCUGAGUCGACCAUUCCUCUUCAACUUCUCGGAAUAAAGCAUGUUAUUCUCAUUGGCGAUGAGCGUCAACUACCUGCAAUGGUUCAGAGCAAGGUUUCUAGUGGAUCUCACUUUGGAAGAAGUUUAUUUGAAAGAUUAAGUUCUUUGGGUUAUCCUAAACAUCUUCUUAAUGUUCAAUACAGAAUGCAUCCUUCAAUAAGUUUUUUCCCAAAUUGGAAGUUCUAUCAGUCUCGGAUCCUCAAUGCAGAAAAUGUGACUUCUAAUAACUACGUGAAGCAAUAUCUGCCAGGACCAAUGUUUGGCCCAUAUUCGUUUAUAAAUGUUGUAGGUGGAAAAGAAGAAAAGGAUGAUAAUGGACAGAGUCAAAGAAAUAUGGUUGAGGCGGCUCUUGUGAUUAAAAUAGUGCAGAAUCUUUUUAGAGCCUGCCAUAAAUCCAAAGAGAAGCUUAGCAUUGGUGUUUUAUCUCCUUAUGCUGCUCAAGUUGCAACAAUUCAAGAAAAACUUGCUUGCAAAUACGAGAAACUUGAUGGAUUUUCAGUAAAGGUGAAGUCAAUUGACGGGUUUCAAGGUGGAGAAGAAGACAUAGUUAUUUUAUCUACUGUAAGAUCUAAUGAGUGUGGAUCUGUUGGCUUUGUAUCUAGCUUACAAAGAAUGAAUGUUGCCUUGACCCGAGCUCGACACUGUCUUUGGAUACUUGGCAACGAAAGGACUCUGGUUAAAAGUGAACCCCUAUGGAGAGAACUAGUCUGUGAUGCAAGAAAACGACAUUGUUUCUUUGUUGCUGAUGCUGAUUCUUUCUCAAAGAUGACAAAGGUAUAUGUAAAGAAGGAGCAAGAACAGGUUUGA